AAUCAACAUUACUUGAGUAAAUGUAGCCUACUUAUGUUAUUUUCCACGUUUAUAUAAAGUGUUCUUUAUUAAUGUGAGUAUACGGCUGCAAAAAAAAAAAAAACCUCUUAUAACAUGAUAUUCCUCCUUGCACAUCAUCCUAAACCCUCUUGACCGCUCGUGAUGCAGCAACAGCAGAAGCAGUGUUCUGUAAAUGAUCAGCUGCAGAACCACAAUGUUCUGUGUUCUGCUGUGAGCAAUGAGCAGAACCACAGCUGACGGCUGGCUCAACCACAGCUGGCAUUAACUGUAAACAGUUGAUUAUAUAAUAUAAAUGUCGAGGUAACCAGGGUAAUUACGGCGAGUAGCGUUAGCAUGUUUGGUAGCACCCAGCUAGCUAAACAUCUAAGCUAGCCAGUUAACAGCUACUCUAAUUUAUCCUCCGACUGCGACUUUUGGUUGUUAAUUGUGGUUUUAGCUCGUGUUAUUUGGCUCCUCUUGCCAUAUAAAGCUAACUUUUGUGUGGGAUUUCUACGAGAUUUGCAUUGAUUAUCAUUUAAGACCGUUAGUGUUGUUGCAGCACCGCGUGAGUACAAGAUCCUAUUUCAGUGACGUAGCCCGAAGAUGGACCAAUCGGAUUGCUGAACGCAAACGACCGUUGAUGACGGUGCUACAGGGUUUUCUUUUUUUUUUUCAGCCUCUAGUCGGCCACCAUUUUGGGAGUCAAAACACACAACAAAUAGCUGCGCACACCUCCACGCUUCUCGUCGUGGCCUUACUAUGGUUCACACAUGUGUGGUGACAGGCUGUAGGAACAGAAGAACACCAGGCACCACGUUAUCGUUCUACCGGUUCCCCCGGGACCCCGAGAGGAAGCAGCGCUGGAUAGCUGCCGUUAACCGGGAGGGCUGGGUGCCGAACGACGGCAGUCGACUGUGUAGUAAUCACUUCAUCUCCGAGAUGAAGGAGCCAGGUGCCUUGGAGAUCCUGGACAAGCAGGAAGCUCGCGUGGAGGCGGCUAACGCCUUGUUGUUCCUGCAGGGCCAGGGCCGGUCUGUGGUGGGGGAGCGGGGCCAGGGAGAGCAGUCUGAGGAGAGGGAGCAGGAGGCCGCUGUGGAGGAAAGUGCGUCCUCUUCCCUCAGCACUGAUGAAGACGAUGACGACGACGAUGAAUCUAUGAGUGACUGCAAGAAAGGAAAGUUUGCUCACACGUCUGAUGCAGCGGUUAACUUUGACAACGUCCUGAAAGCCCUGAAGAAGGAGAACCAGACCCUCCGGGAGUCUCUGGACAAGAUGUCCCUCUCUGAGAACUCUUUGAGGAACGAUGCAGAGAAAGUAAAGUUUUACACCGGUUUGCCCAACUACUUUGUCCUGGAGACGGUCAUGUGGCUGCUGGCACCUCACAUGGACGGAAUGAAAACCGUGAAACUCUCCAAGUUCCAGCAGCUGCUGCUGACACUGAUGCGACUCCGCCUGGACCUCCGCAACCAGGACUUGGCCUACCGCUUUGGAGUUAAAGUCGGCACGGUGACCAGAACAGUGCACCAGAUGGUCACAAUCAUGUCCUCCACUCUGGUGCCGACAGCCGUCUUCUGGCCCUCUAGAGCCGAGCUCCGGAAAAACCUGCCGGCAGCUCUACGCUCGUCCCACCCCGACUGCGCCGUCAUCAUUGACUGCUUCAUGGUGCCUUUUGAGGAGCCGGUUUCCCGGGGCAACCAGCAGCAGCAGAGGAUGGUGCCAAGCGCUCAGGGGGUCGGGACAAGUAAUAAUGUGUUAAAGUAUCUGAUUGGUGUGGCGCCACAAGGUGUUGUCACAUUUGUCUCUCGGGGUGUGCUUGGUAAUGUCAGUGACAAAAGUCUGGCUGAGGGCUGCGGGUUUCUCUGCAAGCUUCUCCCAGGCGACGUCGUAUUGGCAGUGUCGUGAUCUCAACAUUUCAGAUUCUGUGGCCGCCCGAGGAGCCUUGUUUAAAAUCGCUGGCAGCUACCAAGGAGAGGCGAGCUCACCGCUGGCUGGUACUUCCUCAGAGACCUUGAGUGUGCAGAGGCAUGUGGAGCGGGUGAUCUCCAUGGUAAAGCAGAGGUACGCUAUGCUCACAGGCCCCGUCGAGAGCCCCUUCACCACGGUCUCCGAGCGCACAUCGAACCUCUCAACCUUUGAUAAGAUUGUGCAAGUUGCUUGUGCCUUAAACAACCUGUGCAUCUCUGCUGCUCCACUAGAGUGAUUUGUACAGACAUGCCUAGUGCUCCUUAAUGCUGGUCACUUAAGUCCCCUUUACUGCGUAAGACCAUAUUCCACGUUCUCACACACUACAGCCCAGUGUCACAUGACUCCUGUAGAAAACUGAUGUAUACCCGUCGACUGUAACUUACACUUUCAGUGUAUGUGACAUCCUGUUAUCGAGGUUAGUUUGGAAAUAAGAGCAAAUCCAGAAACAACAUUGCUAAGAUGUCAUUAAAGGGAUGGUUUGAUGUUUUGACGUGGGGUGGUAUGAGCUACUUAUCCUUCGUCAUAGUAUUUAUUCGGCAGGCCUCCAGUUUGGAGAAACGGACCGGAGUAGCUGCACAGAAGCAAAGCAAUGUACUGCUGUGGACUGAGGCUGCAGCAAAAACCUGAAGCAACCUAAAUCAAUCAAUAUCCGUUUAAGCGUGUGCUAUAUAUUUUCAGCGUUUUACCUUGACGUGAGACGGCUAUACAGUUUAUGUUUACGACAGGGAACUGAAGCUGCUAUCUAUGCGCUCGCCAAAGCCACCAGUGUUGUGUUGCUUUAGUGAAUACGAACUAACCGAACCAACACAAUAGUGCAAACUAACUACCCGAUCGAGGCAGUGACCUUGCAACUUCUGUAGUUCUGCAGGUUAAAUCACAGGUUUUUUCAAUGGAGUCUGGUGGCUUUGAAGAGAGCAGAGAUGACAGCUUCAGCUCCCUGUUGGGAUGGUCUGUCUGACGGCAACGUAAAUCAGUGAAAUUCUAAAUAUAGCGCACAGUCCAGAUGAUUUAUUGAUCCAGAUUUCUUCUUUUUUUUAGGCAGGCCGGUUUUCUGGUGGCUAAAAUUAUUAUUUUUGCUCCUGGAGGGCACUGAUGGAUCGUACCUCAUACGACCCCACUUCACAACAUCCAAACUAUUCCAUAUUUACAUUAACUUAUGCAAAUACAAAAAUACAUUUUCUUUGUUUUGUUUAGGCUUUGAAUGACAACUUGAGAAACUAGUACCGUUUCUUAUUUCAUCUUCAUUAGCCAUUUGUAAAUAUCGGGUAUAUAAACUGCAGUUUGGUUGAUGUGGACAAUGUUCCCACUAAUCCAAUUCUGUGCAAUGGAAGAGUCUUUUUCAUCCGCAGCAGCUGACUUCACCGUUUGUGGGUUAAACCAACUGUUUCUUAUCAGUGAAGAACAGUAUACACAACACAGAGAGAUAAAACAGAGCAGCAUGCAUAGUGUUGCAGCUCUUAUGAGCGUUGAUCCUGCCCGUCGUUCAGCAUGCAGGCUAGAUUUUAUAACGUUGGAAUGCAAUCACUGCGGGAUGAUUGGCUACCUGUUAGCACAGACACGCAGUCUGGUUGUUAAUCCAGUAGAAACGCAGCUCAUUUCCAGGGUGUUUGCAACGAUAGCUUCCAGGUUGACGGCACAUCUUGGGAUGGCAGAUGUCUUCUUCAACAGGGCUUUACUGGUAUUGAUGAAACUUGUGGUGAAAUAACUGAAACAUGGAUAGUCUUCACCACAGGUCAGGAUGACCUACGAUUCAGCACCAAUGGAUUGCCAGGCCAGACGGAUGCUUGUCCAUUCAGUGACUGUAUAAUAACAAUGAUGUCAAUAUUUACCACAGGUGUGCAGGUUAGCUUUUUAGUUUUAUUCCAGUUCAGUGUUUUGCCAAAAUGUUUAAAGCCUUCUUCAUUUAAUGCAAAGUUUGAGAUUGCUGGUGAAGAAGGAAAGCUGACUGUUGUUUCCCAAUUUGUUUUCUAUUAGUAUAUACGUAAGUCUAACAUCACGUGACUGGGAGCUUUGUUAUACGUAGCCUGAAAUUAAAGGGAUAGUUCGGAUGUUUGAGGUAUUUAUCCAGCAUGUUAGGAGAAACGGACGGAAGCAGCAAGACGCAUUUUAGCAACCUAAAAAACAUCAGUUUAAGUGUACGCUAUAUUUAGAAUAUUUCACUGCUCUACUUUGCUGUCAGACAGCCCUUUCCUACGGGGGUCUCUCUCUUUAAAGCCUUUGACAAUAACAAUGUAUUUCCCUCGUGGAACAGUUGCCGGUCUACUUCGGCCUUGAGCUGUUUGUGUUAUUGUGUGGCUUCAGUGUUUUAAAUGGGUUAGUUUGUCUUUGAAGAGAGCGGAGAUGAAAGGGCUAUCUGACAGCAAGGUAAAGCGGUGAACAUAUUCUAAAUAUAGCAUACACUUAAACCUUUCUGAAGUAGCUGUAUGUUUUGCUGCUGCCUCCGUCCACAGCAGUACAUUGCUUUGUUUCCGUGCCAGUAUUGUGUGAUUGAAAGAGAUGCAUUAUAGAAGGAAUGUUGUUGUUAUUCACAAACAGUGAAGUGUUAACGAGAGCUAGUCACUCUGAGGACGUACAUUUCAUUUGUGACGGUGUAAUUACCGUCGUGUUCUGUUUUAAUUUUAGCCGUACCAUGAGCACACACCAGAGACGCUUCUGUUAGUUACACGACGAGCCUUGAGGCUGCAAGAAAGCUUAAAUGCAUUUCUUAUGUUUUUAAUAGUUUGCCCAAUUUAAGCUAAGUUAUGGGUUUACAUGUAGUACCAUAAACUGUAACGUAUGUUUUUAUAUCUUGCGUAAAAAAACAAGACUGCUUAUUAAAAUGAAUCUUUUGUUGUCCUGCAUUGCUUGUGCCUUAGUUUGUGAAGCUGGUUGCUGCUGUUACAGACCAGCCUGCGUCAUACACUAUCCGUCAUUAGACCCUUUUCUGGCUCCUGCGCUAAACGUGCAUAAACAUUCCUUAUUAUUCAUUUACGUUCUAUGUGUGUGUGUACAGUAAGAAAUGUUCCCAUGUUUUACGAUCUACCAUUUCAUUGUGUAUACAUUCCGAAUGAUGUCAAGUAAUUACACACAGAUUCUCUCUUUUGAGGGUUUGUGCGUUGGUUCUGGGGAAAGGGUGUUUUGCUUCAUCGGCGUGUUAUGGUCGUGUUAUGCUCAAGUGGAAGGUGCCUUCUUUGAUGUUCCCCUCACUUUGACGGCUCUUUCCAGACCACUUGUGUUUUUCAUAUGCUUGUAAUGUUUGAUUCUCUGUGUACCUGUGAGGUCGUCUUCUGUUUGUUGGUGAGGUGAUGCGUAGCCAUGGUGGUGGUGGUCACCGUUAAUGUUAAAUACCCUGUCGUCUGUCUACUGUGAAAUUAAUGAGCUCUGCUGAGGUUGAUGGAAACAUUCAGAAUAAUUAUUUAUUUGUUUUUAUUGAUUUCACUCAUACGUGCAUUUUGUUCUCCAUUGUGCAAACUCAUUUUGUCAUACAAUAUAAAUAAAACAAGACAAAGAUGCCAUAACAUAAGGUGUGUGUGUGUGUGUGUGUGUGUGACCAGUAUUAAUAAGUGGGCGGAAAAAACAAACAAUAUUAAUAAAUAAGUAUAAAAAUAAACUUAUUUAAAGAAAUAAUAACAAAGAAAUUAAUAAUAUUACAAUAAAUGUAUUUAAAGAUGAAAUACAAAUGUUAUAAUAGUUCCCCUUACUCUACAUAAUUAUAAAACUUCCCCAAGGACCAAAGAUGAGAUGAAAAAGCGAAACACGUGCUGUUCACGGACCAUUACACCUUGAUUUCAUUAGUUAGUGUUCAGUUCUUUUGCUCCAUCUAUCGUCUGCUAAGUGUUUGGUUUCUGAUUUAUAUAUAUGCUAUAAUGGUGUUAUUAUUUCUUUAAGCGGUUUUAUUUUAUCUUCAGUGCUGCAUGUGCUUUGUCUUGAUAAACAGACAUGCUUCCUUUUCCUUUCAGAGAAGUCUGAACUGAUUUCUGUGAACUUGAGUGCGUGUUGGUUGAAGGACGGAGCAGAAAGCUUUUAGCCACGAGAGUUGAUGCUGGACGGAGAGUAAUGGUUUCAAAGUGGGAGCAGAAUGCGUCUCUUCCUGUAUACGAGAGGAUUGUUAUCAGGGAGGACACAUACCCGUGUUUAUAAUAGUUAACCGUAAUGGUAGUUGAAUCUCUAUUAUAAUGUUCUGGCAGAAAUAACUUUCCGCUGAUGUAUGUUUUAUGUAAAGUGAUGUUUCUUCCGUGUUUCUUGACUGAAGCAACACUUUCCUUUAACUUGUAUUCUUAAAUAAACUGCUUCAAGAUUGGAAUGAAUGAAACACUUUCAGACAAACUGUCCAUGAUGUUUGUAAACCCACAUUUCAAUCUGUUGUCACACUACACGUCCACGUCACGCUGUUUGACGACAUUGUUAUGGGUGCAUGUACUUCCAUGAUGUGUAACCUCCUGAAUCUCUUGUUUGGUUUUCUUCGUCGUUGCCUCUGUGACUGAAAAAUUAAAGUUUGGGAAAUGCA